GAUUUUUGUCCCUGAGUCAUGGAAGACAGAAGAGCUGAAAAGUCAUGUGAACAAGCAUGUGAAUCACUUAAGAGGCAGGACUAUGAAAUGGCCCUCAAGCACUGCACAGAGGCCCUUCUUUCUCUUGGCCAGUACUCCAUGGCAGACUUCACAGGGCCUUGUCCAUUGGAAAUAGAACGCAUCAAAAUCGAGAGUCUUCUCUACAGAAUUGCCUCAUUUUUGCAACUGAAAAAUUAUGUGCAAGCUGAUGAAGAUUGUAGACAUGGUAUGUUUAAAAAUGAGACUCGAGUUAUUGAAUUGAACAAUGUUUAA